UAACGUUGUUUCCGGUUCCACGCGCGCCAAAAAGAAAAUAGGAAGUAGAGACCGGAGCUUGUGUGUUUAUCUGAACCAAUUGACAUAAACACAGCGCUAACGAAACUUAAUGGACUGUUUUAUCACCGCGUCUCAACUAAUGGAUGAAGAAUGAGAGGAGGAUCAAAAGUCAAGCAUCUAUUUUGAAUUUGUACCAGCUCCAGGGCGCUGUGCUUUAGCUGACCUCUGACCUCAAUUUGGAGGUGAACAAAUGAUGAACAAGGGCUCGAGUACAAGUCAUUAACAAGCCCUUGAGGAUGAGUAAGUGGGGAGAGCGACUGCAGAAGGUGGAGCAGCUCGCUCAGUCGUUCCAGCUCAAUCCUCUGGCUACACGCUACAAACCUCGACUGUGGCCCUGCCAGCCUUCCUCCGUCUGGAAGCUCUUCCCUCGUCAAAGCCUGGCUAUCAGCUUUGCUCAGAGCUGCAAAGAGGCUGUACAUGUUUUUGCACUUGAAAAAGAAAAGGCAACUCUAGGUCAAAGGAUCUACCUGGUUACCAGUUACAGUGAGCUGUGGCAUUACUACAGGACUUACACCCACUCCUUGAUGCACUGCUAUGAGGUGAUUCCAGAGGGUGCUGUUUGUAAGCUUUACUUUGACUUGGAGUUCCACAAGCCAUCUAACAAAGGAUCUGAUGGGAAAACUAUGGUGUCUUCUCUCAUCCAGUAUGUCUGUGACAAGCUACUGGAAGCUUAUGGGAUCGAAUGCUCCACGAAAAAUGUCCUCAAUCUCGACUCCAGCACAGAGGAGAAGUUCAGUCGACAUCUCAUCUUCAAUCUCCAAAAUGCAGCUUUCAAAGACAACAUACACGUUGGCAAGUUUAUUCACACAAUUCUUGAACCAGUCCAACUGAGCAGAGCUGAUGAUGUUGGGGUGAAUUCAGCGGCAGGAAACUGUGCAGCAAGCAGAACAUGUGCUGUUCCUGAGGGGAAGGCAACAAAACUAGGCGAGGAGGCUGAAAAUCCUCUGACCAAGAGACGUAAGGAGGAAGAGACAGACCUCAGGUUCCUCAGGGUGAAAAACAAGGAUGGCCAAGACUGUCUCUUUGUUGAUCUUGGUGUCUACACAAAGAAUAGAAAUUUCCGCCUGUACAAGUCAUCAAAAGUGGGAAAGAACGCUGCAUUCACUGUCGCAGACGACAACCAGUUUAUCACCAAACAUGAGAAGGCGUUCUCAGCGGAGGAAAGCGUGUUCUUAGCGUCCUUGGUCUGUAAUGUGAGUUUCACAGGUCAGAGAAUUCUGACAUGGGACAUCCCAGACACAAAGGAAUCCAAAAGACCUCACUGUCAGCAGGGAACCACAAAUCCAGCCUCACUCUCCGGCUGCCUGAUGUCCCCUCAUCAAGAAGUGGACAACUUUGUACUGACGGUGGUUCGGAAGGAUGGGAUACAAGGAAGCAUCAGGCGAUGGAACUACUUUGCUGCCGAACAGCUGCUUGUCUAUGACAUUGCGAAUUACCGCUGGUGUGAAAAUGUGGAAAGGUUUCAUAAAAGCAACAACAUCAUGAUUGUUGUGGAUCUCAAAGAGGAGGUGUGGUACCAGAAGUGUCACGAUCCGGACUGCAGGAGCUUCAGAUCCUCAAGUUAUGCACUGCCACAGGAGAUCUGCAUCAGCUACAUCCUAACACUGGAUGAGGAGGACCAGGCUUACUUAAUGGACGACACCGGCAACAUUGAACCCAGCCAGGCGCCACACCAGGCCCCGCAGAGCACAGCGCGCUCAGAGGAAGAAUCUGCUGACGUCUGGGGAGACGGACAGGAUGAUCAGGACUAUUUAGAGAGCCUGGACAACUUUGAACAAUCCAGUGGGGAGAUCUCUGAUCAGCUUCUGCUCAGCUGCAUGGCAGAGUUUGAGUCUCAGUAGAAGGUAACUGUAUCACAUGCUGUUAGCGCUUUACUUAAAGUCCUCCUGUAAAGCAUUUAUAAGCAGUAUAAAAAGCAGAUAAUGUGUCAAUGUAGGAAAACACAGCUGUAAAAACAUUAAAUGUCUUCAUAGGAUAAUAUGGACAUAACUGGACAUGAAUAAUAAACACAUAAAAUGUCCUUAUAGCUGCGUAGACUACAUUAUAGUGUGUUAUAAAGCAUUUAUUGAAUGUUCAUAUACUGUUUAUAAAUGAUAAAUAGGAGGAGUAAUACCAAGAUAUAUACUAAAGCACUUUAUUGACAAUUACAACAAAACAAACAAGUUUUUAGCCACUAAAACACUGCCCCUUAAGGUAUCUGUCAAAAAUAAAUUUCUCAUUAUAAAAGACAAACUAAAUAUCACAGUUUUUGAUGAAAGUAUUUAUUUGGUACAGUUGACAAAUAUAGAUACUGUACUUGUAACUCCAGCACAAAACUGCACUGUUACCCUUUUCAUAAGAGUCUUAAACAAAACGAUUAACAAUAUGGCUUGAACUGUCAAUGAGUCCUUGACAUUAUUAGAUGUGCGUAAUGAUCACAAUUCAGCAAAAACA